UAUUCUAUGAAACGUAGAUCGUGGGGAUCGAACAAACAAGUAUAUAGGUGACGAGUAAGUAAUUUGUUGGUGAGAGGAUUUUGGAUCUAGGCUAUUACCGUUACUAAUUAAGAAACUGUAAGAAUGAGUGUGACUGAGUUUGGCGUCUUAAUCUCGAAUCCAGAAAUGUCACUGACAUUGCAAACUCCGCCAUCUGCAGCUCUCUCCGCUGCAAUUCACAGAACAAGAAGAUCCACCUUCUUCCCCUUGUCGCUCCGUUCUACUCCUCCCUCUACUCUCCACAGCAACUUCCACUCCUCCCUCCCUCAAAUUCGUGCUUCCUCUUCCUCCAUCGACACUGUUUCCACCACUGAAUUGGAUGCUGUAUCCGCCUUCAGCGAGAUCGUUCCGGACACAGUCAUUUUCGAUGAUUUCGAAAAGUUUCCUCCAACUGCUGCUACUGUCAGUUCAUCGCUUCUCUUGGGAAUAUGUGGCCUUCCAGACACCAUUUUUAGGAAUGCUGUAGAUAUGGCUUUGGCUGAUUCUGAGUGUUAUGGACUUGAAAAUCCUAAUGCACGAUUGUCUUGUUUUGUCAACAAGGCUUUCGUGAAUGUUGGUAGCGACAUGGCAAAGCUUGUCCCUGGCCGUGUUUCUACCGAAGUGGAUGCGCGCCUUGCUUAUGACACACAUGCGAUUAUCAGGAAGGUGCAUGACCUGCUGAAGUUGUACAAUGAUAAUAAUGUCCCUCCUCAACGUCUGUUGUUUAAAAUUCCUUCAACGUGGCAAGGAAUAGAGGCUGCUAGAUUGCUGGAAUCUGAGGGCAUACAAACACAUUUGACUUUUGUUUACAGCUUUGCUCAAGCUGCUGCUGCUGCUCAAGCUGGUGCUUCUGUUAUUCAAAUUUUUGUUGGCCGCUUAAGGGAUUGGGCACGUAAUCAUUCCGAUGACCCAGAGAUAGAAUCUGUCCAGCUACGAGGAGAGGACCCUGGCUUGGCAUUGGUGACUAAAGCUUACAAUUAUAUUCACAAAUAUGGACAUAAGUCAAAGUUGAUGGCCGCUGCAGUUCGCAACAAGCAAGACCUAUUUAGUCUUCUCGGGGUUGACUAUAUCAUAGCUCCGUUGAAAGUAUUGCAGUCUCUCAAAGAAUCUGUUGCUUCUCCUGAUGAGAAGUACUCUUUUGUUAGGAGGUUAUCCCCUCAGUCUGCUGCCAAGUACAUGUUUAGGGAUGAAGAGCUUACUAAAUGGGACGAAGAUAGCUUUGCAAAAGCCAUGGGGCCUGCAGCUGUGCAGCUUCUGACUGCUGGACUGGAUGGCCAUGCUGAUCAAGCAAAGCGGGUGGAAAAUUUAUUGGGAAAAAUUUGGCCACCACCAAAUGUAUGAUUUAACUUCUUUGCGGCGCACGAUAGAUCUUUUGCCUGAUGGAAUAAACAGAACACACACAAGAUGAGGGGAAUCUUCUUUCCUUUAUUUUUCUUUCCCUUUAACCUUGAACUCUAGAAAAAUUUCCUUCCAUGUAAAGUACGCUGUUCCUUAAAAGCACAUUUUGUUAUCCAUAAGUAUACUUUGACUUUUAGUUGCACAAUUUCCUUGCUUUUUGUAAAGAUUAUUAUAAUGUCCAUCUUUGGUGUACCUUUC